AGCACCUGCUGGGGCUCAGGCACUGCGCAAGGCCUUCAGCAGGCAGUUCCGGCAAAGGGGGAGCCGAAGCAGGAUUGCUGCGUGAAGACCGAGCUGCUGCGAGCAGAGAUAUCUAUGGCUGCCGAUGAAGGUUCAGCAGAGAAACAAGCAGGAGAGGCCCACAUGGCAGCAGACGGCGAAACCAACGGGUCUUGUGAAAAAAGCGACGCCAGCAGUCAUCUGAAUGCAGCAAAACACACUCAGGAGAGCACAAAAGUCAGCCCACAGGAAGGUACCAAUAAACUCACCCGAAUAGCAGAAAAUGGGAUUUCAGAAAGAGACACAGAAGUGGGGAAGCAAAACCAUGUCACGACCGACGACUUCGUGCAGACUUCUGUCGUGGGCAGCAAUGGAUACUUCCUAGGUAAACCGGGCCUGCAGGGGCAGCCCGUGAGGACUACCAGCGCGCUGGCCUCCUCGCUUCCUGGCCAUGCUGCAAAAACCCUUCCUGGAGGGGCUGGUAAAGGCAGGACUCCAAGCGCUUUUCCCCAGACGCCCGCCGCAGCAUCGCCUGUGCUCGGGGAAGGGAGUGUGGACGCAGAGGACAGGAAGCCUCCCGCCCCUGGCACCGAUGUCAAAGUUCACAGGGCACGCAAGACCAUGCCGAAAUCCAUCAUAGGCCUGCAUGCAGCCAGUAAGGACCCCAGAGAAGCUCGAGACCACAAGGAACCAAGAGAGGAGAUCAACAAAAGCGUUUCUGACUUCGGACGACAGCCGCUCUUAACGCCUUUCCCGUCCCUUCAUCAGUCGCUACCUCAGAACCAAUGCUACGUGGCCACCACGAAGUCACAGACAGCAGCUGCAGUAUCUCGGAAGAAAAAACGAAGAAUGGGAACCUAUAGCCUGGUUCCUAAGAAAAAGACCAAAGUGUUAAAACAGAGGACGGUGAUUGAGAUGUUUAAGAGUAUCACUCAUUCCACUGUGGGUUCCAAGGGCGAGAAGGACCUGGGCGACGGCACCCUCCACGUGAACGGGGAGAGCUUGGAGGUGGACUCGGACGAGGACGACUCCGAGGAGCUUGAGGAGGACGAUGGGCACGGGGCCGAGCAGGCAGCCGCCUUCCCCACCGAGGACAGCAGGACCUCAAAGGAGAGCAUGUCGGAGACCGACCGCGCUCAGAAGAGCUCUGAAUCCAGCAUCAAGAAGAAAUUUCUCAAGAGGAAAGGGAAGACCGACAGCCCCUGGGUGAAGCCUGCUAGGAAAAGGAGGCGGAGAAGUAGAAAGAAGCCCAGCGGCGCACUGGGUUCUGAGGCUUAUAAGUCAUCUUCGGGAAGCACAGAGCCCACGGCACCAGGAGGCAGCACAGGGUAUGUGGAAGUUUCUCUGGACUCCCUGGAUCUGCGCGUCAAAGGGAUCCUGUCCUCCUCAGGAGCCGAAGGGUUGGCCAACGGUCCGGACGCGCUGGAGACAGACGGCCUCCAGGAAGUGCCUCUCUGCAGCUGCCGGAUGGAAACCCCGAAGAGCCGCGAGAUCACCACCCUGGCCAACAACCAGUGCAUGGCUACCGAGAGUGUGGACCAUGAACUGGGCCGGUGCACCAACAGCGUGGUCAAGUAUGAGCUGAUGCGCCCGUCCAACAAGGCGCCCCUCCUGGUGCUGUGUGAAGACCACCGGGGCCGCAUGGUGAAGCACCAGUGCUGUCCUGGCUGUGGCUACUUCUGCACAGCGGGUAAUUUCAUGGAGUGUCAACCCGAGAGCAGCAUCUCUCACCGUUUCCACAAAGACUGUGCCUCGCGAGUCAACAAUGCCAGCUACUGCCCCCACUGCGGGGAGGAGACCUCCAAGGCCAGAGAGGUGACGAUAGCGAAGGCGGACACGACCUCCACAGUGACGCCGGUGCCCGGGCAGGACAAAGGCUCGGCCCUGGAGGGCAGGGCUGACACCACCACGGGCAGCGGGGCGGGGCCACUGCUGGACGACAAGCCGCACAGCGCAGGGCCCCCAGCGCCCGAGGGCUUCGAUCCGUCGGGACCCGCUGGGCUCAUUCGGCCGACUCCGGGACUUUCCCAGGGACCAGGGAAGGAGACCUUGGAAAGUGCUCUGAUUGCUCUCGACUCGGAAAAGCCCAAGAAGCUUCGCUUCCACCCAAAGCAGCUGUACUUCUCCGCCAGGCAGGGGGAGCUGCAGAAGGUGCUGCUCAUGCUGGUUGAUGGGAUCGACCCCAACUUCAAAAUGGAGCACCAGAGCAAGCGCUCGCCCCUGCACGCCGCGGCGGAGGCCGGCCACGUGGACAUCUGCCACAUGCUGGUCCAGGCGGGCGCUAAUAUCGACACCUGCUCGGAGGACCAGAGGACCCCACUGAUGGAGGCAGCAGAAAACAACCACUUGGAUGCUGUGAAGUACCUCAUUAAGGCUGGGGCGCAGGUGGACCCUAAGGAUGCAGAAGGCUCCACGUGCUUGCACUUGGCUGCCAAGAAAGGCCACUACGACGUGGUGCAGUAUCUGCUUUCAAACGGACAGAUGGAUGUCAACUGCCAGGACGAUGGCGGCUGGACGCCCAUGAUUUGGGCCACCGAGUACAAGCACGUGGACCUUGUGAAGCUGCUGCUGUCCAAGGGCUCGGACAUCAACAUCCGGGACAAUGAGGAGAACAUCUGCCUGCACUGGGCCGCGUUCUCCGGCUGCGUGGACAUAGCCGAGAUCCUGCUGGCUGCCAAGUGUGAUCUCCACGCCGUGAACAUCCACGGAGACUCGCCCCUGCACAUCGCUGCCCGGGAGAAUCGCUACGACUGUGUCGUCCUCUUUCUUUCUCGGGAUUCAGACGUCACCUUGAAAAACAAGGAAGGAGAGACUCCCCUGCAGUGCGCGAGCCUCAACUCCCAGGUGUGGGGAGCCCUGCAGAUGAGCAAGGCGCUCCGAGACUCGGCCCCCGACAAGCCCGUCCCCGUGGAGAAGACGGUGAGCAGAGACAUUGCUCGCGGCUACGAGCGAAUCCCCAUCCCUUGUGUCAACGCGGUGGACGGGGAGCCGUGCCCCAGCAACUACAAGUACGUCUCCCAGAGCUGCGUGACCUCCCCCAUGAACAUCGACAGGAACAUCACCCACCUGCAGUACUGCGUGUGCAUCGACGACUGCUCCUCUAGCAACUGCAUGUGCGGCCAGCUCAGCAUGCGCUGCUGGUACGAUAAGGACGGCCGGCUGCUGCCGGAGUUCAACAUGGCAGAGCCUCCCUUGAUCUUCGAGUGCAACCACGCCUGCUCCUGCUGGAGGAACUGCCGGAACCGCGUCGUGCAGAACGGGCUCAGGGCAAGGCUGCAGCUCUAUCGGACGCGGGACAUGGGCUGGGGCGUGCGGUCCCUGCAGGACAUCCCACUGGGCACCUUUGUCUGCGAGUACGUGGGGGAGCUCAUCUCCGACUCGGAAGCCGACGUUCGGGAGGAAGAUUCUUACCUUUUUGAUCUCGACAACAAGGACGGGGAGGUGUACUGCAUCGACGCGCGCUUCUACGGCAACGUCAGCCGCUUCAUCAACCACCACUGCGAGCCCAACCUGGUGCCCGUGCGCGUGUUCAUGUCCCACCAGGACCUGCGCUUCCCCAGGAUUGCCUUCUUCAGCACGCGCCCGAUCCAGGCUGGGGAGCAGCUGGGGUUCGACUACGGGGAGCGCUUCUGGGACAUCAAGGGCAAGCUCUUCAGCUGCCGCUGCGGCUCCCCGAAGUGCCGGCACUCGAGCGCGGCCCUGGCCCAGCGGCAGGCCAGCGCGGCCCAGGAGGCCCAGGAGAACGGCCUGCCGGACACCAGCUCUGCCGCCGCCGCCGACCCUCUAUGAGAUGCCGGGGCCAGCGGGUGCUCAGGAGCCAGACGCUGUCGGCAUCGCGGUUUAGAGAGGAGGAGAGGUUCUGUACCUGCCGGCCGGAGGCCCUGGUCAGGGGCAGUGCCGCCGCUAAUUCCUGGAGGGGUCGGGGUGAGGCGGCAAGUCCCGGGCCUAGCGGCCUGCGGGCGGGUGUGGACGCCUCCCAGCAGCCUCCCAGACCUGAGGCCUCACGUCUGGGCCCGUGCUCAGGCUGGACGGAGGCUUAGGACGGCCGCGCAUCUUGGACGACGCUGGGAUUCCGCGCUGGCGUAACCUUGUGAGUCUCUGAUGGUGGCUUUGUUGUCGCAGAGUUUCUCGUUUCUCCCUCUGAUCUCCGAGGUCCCUGCUCCGCCGCUGGGCUGGUGUGUUCUGCUGUCCGGACCAGACUGUUGUGCGUGGCGCCCGCCAAAGCCGCCGUCACCGCAAGCUGCUCCGUUAGGCCACCCGCCCACGCCUGCACAGCUGGUUCCUGGACGCCGCUCAGAGGACGCCGCUCCCGUCACGGCCUUGGGGAGGUCAGGGGCCGAGCCCACCACUAACUUUGGAGAAAAUGUGGGUUUGCUUUUUAAAGGAAUCCUAUAUCUAGUCCUAUAUAUCGAACCUCUAACUGACGUUUCUUUUCAAGGAAGCGGUUUGGUGGGUGCAGGCGGACCCCGCACCAGCCUCCGCCAGUCCUGUUGACGCUGGCACCUUCUGUUGAGUUUUUUUAAGCCACAUGCUAUGAUGAUGCAUAAACUGAUUUAUUUUCUACCAUUACUGAACAUUAGGACAAACAAAAAAUAAAAAACACAAAACACAGACAACGGUGCUGAUUCUGGUGUGGUUUCUACUCACCACGUGAAAAUAAACUAUCAACUGUAUAAAGAGAACAAAGUGAUUUUAGAAUAAAAUGCAGGAAAAAACUUUUUUUAAAAUAUUAGUCUUGUAGUGUGAAUAAAUUUGCCAUCACCUUUUGUGUGGUGGCCAGACAGGUCAUAUUCUUUUUUUCGGCAUAUACCUUUUUAAAUACUGUAAUUAGUGCAGUAACAGUGGGGUUUUUUUGUGCGACUCUUCUAAAACAUUCAUAAUGCAGCCAUGUUUAUUUUUUUCUGUUAAAAUGUUUUGACAGUUUUAAGAGCAAUCUUUUGGCUCCGACCAUUUCUUGUUCUGUUUUCAAUGAAAUCAAUAAAAAAAGAAGUACUUU